AUGGUACGAAAACUACGUUUUCAUGAACGUAAACUGUUGAAAAAAGUUGAUUUUAUCAAUUGGGAAGUUGAUAAAAAUCUGCAUGAAGUCACUGUUAUGCGUAAAUUUCACAUACAAAAACGUGAAGAUUACACAAAGUAUAAUGAACUAUCACGAAGAAUACGUGACAUAGCACGCAAAAUUAAAGAACUAGAUCCCAAGGAUCCAUUCCGUAUUGAAUCUACGCGUACAUUAUUAGAAAAAUUGCAUGCAAUCGGUUUAAUACCAACAAAGGAAAACCUCGAAUUGAUUGAUAAAAUAACAGCUAGUCGAUUCUGUCGACGGCGUUUACCUGUUAUCAUGACACGUAAUCAUAUGGCACAACAUUUACCGGGAGCCGUUAAAUUUAUUGAACAAGGACAUGUCCGUAUCGGACCUGAUAUUGUUAAUGAUCCAGCAUUUCUUGUUACAAGAAACACAGAAGAUUUUAUUUCCUGGACUGAUAAUUCAGCAAUACGACGACAAUUACUGGACUAUCAAGAUAUGGAAACUGAAAUUGUUUAA